CAGGCUAUGAAAACAAGCAGCCCCAACACCUGAAAAUGAAAUAAAAGACAAACUUUAUUCAGAUGAAAGCCCAACAGUUUCAAAUAAGGAGAAGCAUCCGGAGGAGAGGACUAAAAAUGGGAGCCCCCUCAGGAAACAAAAUGAGGAAGGAGAAGUGGGAGCAUGCCGCAGCGAGGUAGAAAUCUUCAUGAAUCAGGAUAAAGCCAAGAAAGAGCAAAACCCAGCCGGAAACAGAUGUGACACACCCAUUCCCUGCGAAUGAAGCUUCCAUAACAGCCCAGCGGCCUGGUCCGCCAGGGCAGCCUGGGAGCAGAGCAGUGGUACAAUGGAAAUCCUUAAACUAGAUGCACCAGAGAGACUGGGGCCAUGCACCGAAUAUGGGGAAAGCAUUGAUCAGAUGGUAGAUCUGACAGCCCACCGGAGAGCCCGGCAUGGCAAGCGUGAUGGAGAUGAGAAAAGUACCACGCAGCCGGGAGAGAGAGCAAAUGAGUAUGCCAAAUGUGGGAAACGCUUUGUUAAGAAGGGGAAUCUCACAGCCCAUCGGAGACCUCACAGGAGACAGGGCCCUGAGGAAGCCAGUGGGUGUGAGGGAAAUCCAACAGCAACAGGAGAUCUCACAGCCCAUCAGAGACCUCUCAGGAGACAAGGCCCACAGGAACCCAACGGGUGUGAGGGAAAUCUGACAGGAGAUCUCGUAAGACACAAGAUAAGCACCACAGAAGCGGAACCAUCCCCUGGCCUGGAAGUUGAGGAAAGCCACCAGGGAGCGCUCUGCGCCCCAAGGGGAGGCCUGAGGAGAAAGCGGACUCACAUGUGCUCUGAGUGCGGGAAGAAGUUCAGCAAGAAAGGCAACCUCACCAAGCAUCAGCGCACCCACCGGGACGAGAGGCCGUUCAAGUGCAGCCAGUGCCAGAAGAGCUUCUUUGUGAGGUCCCAGCUCGCCCAGCACGAGAGGAUCCACACGGGGGAGCGGCCGUACAAGUGCGCCGAGUGCGGCAAGCGCUUUACCCAGAAGUCCAACAUCAUCAUCCACCAGAGGAUCCACACAGGGGAGCGGCCCUUUAAAUGCGCUGACUGCGGGAAGAGCUUCAUCGACAAGUCCCAGCUCAUCACGCACCGCCGGACCCACACGGGGGAGCGGCCCUUCGCAUGCAACGAGUGUGGGAAGGGGUUCCGGCAGAAGAUCACCCUGAUCACGCACCAGAGAAUCCACACCAGGGAGGAACCCUACACCUGUCCUCAGUGCAGCAAGAGCUUCAGCCAGAAGGCCAACCUCAUGAGGCACCAGCUGAUCCACACGCGGGAGGGGCCGUACAUAUGCACUGAGUGCGGGGAGAGUUACAGUGCCAUCAGGCACCUGAAGAGGCACCAGCUGAGCCACGCCGGGGAAAGGCCCCACGUGUGCACCAAAUGCGGGAAGAACUUCACCCGCAAAUCAAGCCUCAACAGGCACCAAGAGAUCCACCACCUCAGGACCCACACAGGGGAGAGGCCUUUCCCGUGCAUGGAGUGUGGGAAGAGGUUCAUCACCAAGUCACAGCUGAAGGAGCACCAGAGGAUCCACACCGGGGAGCGACCUUACCAGUGCUCCGAGUGCGGGAAAUGCUUCACGCAGAAGUCACAGCUCAUUGUUCACCGGAGGAUCCACACUGGCGAGAAGCCCUACAAGUGCAGCAGCUGCCAGAAGAGCUUUGUGGACAAGUCGCAGCUGGUCGCCCACCACCGUAUCCACACAGGUGACCGCCCCUUCAAGUGCGGGUUGUGCGGCAGGGGUUUCCGCCAGAAGAUCACCCUCAUUAAACACCAGCGGGUCCACACCGGGGAGGGGGCGCGGCGGCAUGGCGGGCCCCAUACUGGCAACGCCUCGCAGCUCAUCGUUCCCGAGUCGACGCCGGACGGGGAGAAGAUAUUCCGAUGCGGCACGUGUGGAAAGGAGUUCAAGAAGAAGUCGAUCCUGGUGACCCACCAGAGGAUCCACACCGGGGAGGAACCCUACCAUUGCGCCGAGUGCGGGAAGCGCUUCCGGCAGAAGAUCCACCUGAUCCGCCAUCAGAGGACCCACACCAGGGGGGAGGCCCACGUCUGUGUCGAGUGCGGGGACGGCUUCAGCAGCAAGGGGCAGCUGCUGAGGCACCAGCGGUGCCAGCACCAGAGCGAGGGACCCCACACGUGUCCCGAGUGUGGGAGAAGCUUUAGCCAGAAGGUAGGCCUCAUGGCGCACCAGAGAGUCCAUGAGAGGGAGAAGGGAGAUGGGAGCAUGGCCGCCACUGAGGGGAGCCCUGGUGAGGCGGCAGACGGGAGGCUGCCUGCCAAAAACGGCAAAGGCAGCAGCCAUCCGGGGGACCUGACGGCGCCUCGUAAGAGCCAGGUCUAUACCUGCACCCAGUGUGGCAAGAUGUUCACCAAGAAAGGGAACUUUGCCAACCACCAGCGGGCCCACACGGAGGAACGGGCGCACCGGUGUGGCGUCUGCGGCAAGAAGUUCACCAAGAGGGGGGAGCUGACCAAGCACGAGCGGAUCCACACGGGCGAGAGGCCGUACGUCUGCGGCGACUGCGGCAAGCGCUUCACCCAGCGCACCCAGCUGGUCACCCACCAGCGCAUCCACACCGGCGAGAAGCCCUACCCCUGCGCCGACUGUGGCAAGCGCUUCAUCGACAAGUCCCGGCUGACGGUGCACCGGCGUAUCCACACCGGCGACCGGCCCUUCCAGUGCGCCGCCUGUGGCAAGGGCUUCCGCCAGAAGAUUGCCCUCAUCAAGCACCACCGAGUCCACGAGAGGGGCCGUCCGGAUGGGGAGGUCUCGGGGGGGAAGGAGCACAAAUGCCCCCAGUGCGGCAAAGGCUUUGGCACCAAGGAGAACCUGGCCAGCCACCAGCGGCUCCACGCCACCGAGAGGCCCUUCAAGUGCGGCGAGUGUGGGAAGAGCUUCACGCAGAAAGCCCAGCUGGUGGUGCACCAGCGCAUCCACACCGGGGAGCGCCCCUUCCGCUGCACCGACUGCCACAAGGGCUUCAUCGACAAGUCCCGGCUCAUUGUCCACCGCCGGAUCCACACCGGCGAGCGGCCCUUCAAGUGCACGGCCUGCGGGAGGGCCUUCACCCAGAAAAUCGCCCUGACCACCCACCAGAGAGUCCACAUGAGGGAGCACGAGGCCGCCCGGGAGCCCAACAAAUACGCCAAGCGCGGGGAGAACGACGCGGGCAAGGCCGAGCCAGGCGAGGAGUGGCCCUUCCCCUGCAACGUGUGUGGCCGGGGCUUCCGCAAGGAGAUAGCCCUCAUCACCCACCAGCGGGUCCACACCAAGUACGAACCCAACAGGUGCAGCAAGUGCGGCCAGGUCUUCCCUGACAAGGCCCAGCUGCUCCUGCAUCAGCCCUCCCACGCGGAGGACCGGCCCUUUAAAUGCAACACCUGCGGAAAAGACUUCAAGCGGAAAGAGAUCCUGAUCACCCACCAGAGAAUCCACACGGGAGAGGUGCCUUUCAAAUGCACCGAGUGCGGGAAAAGCUUCUCCCAGAAAGCCAACCUCAUGAAACACCAGCUCACCCACACCCGGAGGGGCCCCUUCAUCUGCUCUGAGUGUGGGCAGAGCUACACCACCUUGGGGCAUUUUAAAAGGCACCAGAGGAACCAUCUGAGAAAGCGGGAGGGGAAAGACUUGGCAGAGGAGCAGGACGCAGACGGGCUGCCGGAGACGGGCGCGCACAACGGGCCCAUCAUCGUGGUCAAGACAGAAGUCAAUACAGACGACUAUGAGGUCCUGCAGGUCCCAUGACACCGCCCUCAGCAGGGAGCGGUGCGUGUGUGUAAAGGGAUCCUCCAGAGGCAAUGCAGGAGUAAGGGCCCUGGUGCUGCCAAGCCCUAGCGUUCAAAGAAUCCCGGAUCAAGCUGCCCCCUCCGGUCAUGAGAUUGGCUAAAAUGUCAUGAGAUUUGAGAAAAAAUAAUACAUGUGGGGUUCUUUUUAUGAGCUGUUGGGGGUCACGUUUUCAAGGUUUUCUCUGCAACCACAGGGGCUAGAAACUUACUUUUUCCAAUGAAAUCUGUGAUUUUGGAUGUCUUCACGUGACUCCUGGAGCUGGGGCUUUAAGGAAAAACACCAAAUAUCCCAAGAGUUGGCAACCCUGACUCUUCCGUAGAUCAGUAUCUUAGCACUCAGCAGCACCAAAUAGCAAUAUUAAGCCAGCUGACCUGGGUUGCUGGUGGUCCAUGGGAGAGCAUCAGCGAUUCACUGCAGUGUAAAACGUCACCGGUCAUCAUUCCAUACAACAGUAAGAGAGGCAGACAUCAUCACAGGCCUCCAUGUGGAUGGACCGGUGGGCCCAUGCAGAGCCCCGUUGAAGUCAAUAGGCUCACCAUUGGGAUGCAGACAUCCACUUGUAUGGAAGGGUUAGCUGGAUCAGGGCCAAUGUACCUAGAAAGAGAGCACCUACUUGAAGCAGAGAUAGGUCCAGAUCCUCAAAGGUAUUUAGGUGCCUAAUUCCCAUUGGCAUCCACAGGGAGUUAGAUGCCUAAAUACCUUUGAGGAUCUGGGCCAUAGUGUUUACUUCAAAGUCUGAUCUUUUUUGAUGAUCACGCUUUAAAAUACGCUCACAUACGGUUUUAUUUCGCUAUGCAAUCACCAGUUUUAUUGUUUCAAUACAGGACAUUCACUGCAAAAGCACCAUUCUGGUUGAGGGUUGAAACACACAGGUUGCCUGAUUCACGGCUACAUUAGUCCAGUUCAAAUCUGCUGAUUCCAGUGGUGUAAAACUGGAGGAACGGAGCGGGAAAUCACGCCCAAGCUAGUUCCGGUUUUGCUGUCAGCUCCUCAGCUGCUGCACAUUGGCAGAGCUCAGCUGAAGUCACUGGAAGUACCCCAACUUGCAUCAGCUGAGAAGCUGGUCCGGGAUUCCCACACGAAGCAUUUCUCCCGCACUCUUGUAUCUGUAUAUUCCAGCAGUUCAGUGUCCAGGAGCCCAGAGUAUGACAUGUAGACAAGGGGAUGACAUUAGGAAGAAACUAUAACUUUGACUAUCCUCUCUGGUUUGCGUUUAAAUUCUUAACUAUAGCAUUGCCCUGGCCAAAGGCCCUUCCCCCUCUGUAGAAAGUCUAUAUGAGAGGAAAACAUGGGCCAUGAUCCUGAGAACCUGUAACUCCCAUGGCUUCCCAACAGUGUGAUCCAGGAGGACUUGUGUCCCAAGCCUGCCGGUCCCAGGGCAUUUGCAGGGCGGGGUUGUCUACCUCUUCCCCUUCACUCCUUGCUCACUGGCUGUAAGUCUCGCUAAGGCCUUAUACGGCUAUGGGUUCCCAGCUCCCCUGGGUUAAAGCUGCUGGGAUUGCUAUGUAACGUGGCUCUCUCCUGACUCCGCCCUGCGCAACCCCAUGAAAAGCCACUGAGCCCCAGUCACAUGGAGGCUCGGGGAUGAAGAGAGCAAUGGCAGCUGUAGGGGCGGCCAAGCACUGCAGCUCCAUCCAUCCCAUCUGCCCCCGGGCGGCCGGGAGGAUGGCAGGGCUCAGCCUUGGUUUGGAAUGAACGUCAGAAGCAUUUCAUCCAUACCUGCCGCCUUCUGCUUUCUCUCCUCUUCCCCAGCAGAGUCAGGCUUUGCAUUACAGACGGGAGCUUGGUUCCUCCAGGGUACGUCUCCACUGCGGCAGGGAGCGAGCCGCCCAGCCCGGGGAGACGGCCUUGGGUUAGCAGGGCUCGCGCUAGCAUGCUACAUAAUAGCUGUGUGGCCAUUAUGGCACCGGCAGAGGCUCAGGCGAGCCAUGCGGUCUCCUAGCCUGAGCCUCCACCCGGGGCCACAACAUCCACCCUGCUGUGUUUGAGUGUGCCAGCCCAAGGUGCCCCAGACUCCUUGCUGCAGCGGAGACAUGCCCGAAGAGUUCACGGAUCCCUCCUGGGGCCUCCCUUCCUGACGUCAGCAUGCUCCAUUUGCGACAACAGAGACGCAUGGGAGUUCGAGGUGGAAAAGCCUCAUUCGGUCAUUUCCCUUCCAAUGCAGGAUUCCCAACUUUUGUCUAGGGUGACCAGAUGUCCCAUUUUAUAGGGACAGUCCCAAUUUGGGGGUCUUUUUCUUAUAUA